AUGCUAAGAAGCCAGAGGAAAGGUGACCUAGUGUGGCCUCACCCCGUGCUUUGUACCCAAUGGCAGCUCCUCCGGAUGGGGAGGGAGGGGGAGGCGGAGGGAGGGAGGGUUGACACUUUCCUUUCACUUUCUCAGGCCACCAAACCUGACACCUGGGGACAGAACUACAGUUCCCACCACGCCUCGAGACAGGAGGAAGAAGGGGCACGGAGGACCAUAAGGAAAACCAGGAGAAAGAGCACACAAUACCUACCCCGGCAGAGAGCGAUGCAAUUCUCCAGCUCAGCCAGGGCAGCGGAUGAGAACUUUGACUAUUUGUUCAAGAUCAUCCUCAUCGGGGAUUCCAAUGUAGGGAAGACGUGUGUGGUGCAGCAUUUCACGUCCGGGGUCUACACAGAGGCACAGCAGAACACCAUUGGUGUGGACUUCACCGUGCGUGCCCUGGAGAUCAACGGCAAGAAAGUGAAGAUGCAGGUGUGGGACACUGCAGGCCAGGAGCGCUUCCGGACCAUCACCCAAAGCUACUACCGCAGUGCCCACGCGGCCAUCAUUGCCUACGACCUCACCCGGCGGUCCACGUUCGAGUCUGUUCCUCACUGGAUUCACGAGAUAGAGAAAUACGGGGCGGCAAACUUGGUCAUCAUGCUGAUUGGGAACAAAUGUGACAUGUGGGAAAAACGGCACGUUCUGUUUGAGGAUGCCUGCACCCUGGCUGAGAAAUACGGCCUCCUGGCUGUCUUGGAGACAUCUGCCAAGGAGUCCAAGAACAUCGACGAGGUCUUCGUGCUGAUGGCCAGGGAGUUGAUGGCCCGCCACAGCCUGCCCUUAUAUGGGGAGGGCACCCUGGGCAGCCUCCCCCUGGAGUCCAGUCCUGUCCUCACGGCCCCGGGGCCGAGGGAGAAGAGCCAGUGCACUUGUUGAGUAUGUUCCCCGGGCCGGUGGCACCCAGCAGAGGCCACCUCCGAAACCAGGGGCAGCGGACGGCCUCGUGUCUGCUGAGUAGACCUCGGACCCCAGUGCGGACUUGCGGCUGGUCCUACUCCUUCCUGGCUGGGGGGAGGUGGGGGCACCCUUUUGCCUCAAUUCACACCAGAGGGGGAAACCCUGACUCUGACGACAGAGGACACCAGUUUUUCUUGACUUUUCCUAGGACUCAAGGCCCAGCGGUAGGACAAGAUUUGUUCCCUUUCAUCUUUCCCUUUUCUGUCUCCCCAACCCUUCAGCUGUUUUCUACUGAACUCUGCUUCUCACUUGAAGGAGAGGGUAGUGAAGGAAAGAAGAAAAGAGAAAUAGAAAAAGGAAAGAAGAGAGGGGAGAAGAUGUUUGGAACAUUGCAGAGUGGUUGAAAACAGUGCAGGCGUGGGAAGAUGGGGAAAAAGCCUGCAAUGACGAAACAGAUGCUGUUAACUUUUGCUUCCUGACAUUCACACCUCGGGUCUUAGUUUGGGGAGCAAAGCUUUUUGACCUAAAGACCAUAAAUACGGUCUUGCCAAAUGGUCAGGAGCCAUGUGAUGGAGAGAGAACUAGAUUUCACUUUAUCCGAGUUGGGCUGAUUGGACCACCCUCCUAGGAUGAGGGAGAUGCCUACAAUUUCUUUCUAAAACACCCAAUUAUCUGCUGGAUCAAAAGUCAUUUCUGAAUUGAAAUUAAAUUGGCUCACAGACAAAUAUCAAACCAAUACUGACCUCGCUGUAUGGCCGGGGCGUGCUGUGUACCCUCUGGAAGCUGUGAGUCAUAACCCUUGUGCCUGCAAAGCUCCCUGAUGGUUGCUGCUGAGGGUGUCUUACAAUCCUAAUAAGAACUGCAAGUGCUGGUCCAGCCACAACAUCAGCUCUGAAAGAGGAAAUGUCUGUCCGGGGCGCACCCAGGGUGCAGGUGAGUCCCCCCACCAGGCAUUUCUAGCUGUAGCACCGUUAUCUGUAGGCUGAGACCAGCACAAAACAAAUAGCCACUAGCCACGUGUGACUGAGUACUUGAAAUUGGCUAAUUUGAAUUUGAUGAGCUCUGAAUGUAAACUGCAUACCAGAAUUUGAAGACUUAUUACGAAAAAAAAAAAAAGUAAAGU